AUGGAGCUUUGGAGAGUGAAACCUCUGAAGGUGGGCAAAAGCAAACAUUUUCUCCUUUCAGUUGUACAGGUCAAGCAUUUUGGACCCACCAACAGAAAAAAUAUCCCCAAAGUUGAUGGUUUCAAGCCCCAACAAAUCCUGCUGCUCUGCCUGCAGGCCAAGUGGCUGAACUCGCCAAUGAUAGUUGGGGAAUUCUGCUCCGAAUUUCUUGAUCGCUUCUUGGGAGCAGCAGACCUAUAUGAGGAUGUUCUUCUGAGGGCAAAGUGCAGCUCAUUAAAACUCAACUUUAUCUUAAUUCUGUGGCUUUCCACGAUGCCUGUGUUUUGGUGUUACCCAGCUCUGUCUUCUAAGGUGCCUGGAAAAUCUGAUUACUUUCUCAUCCUGCUGCACAGCUGCCCAGCCAGGCUGGACGCAAGCGAGGGACUAGCUUUUCUAAAGCCAAUUUUGGAGACAACACCUAAGAAAAGGUCCUUUCGCAAUGGAGUUGGCACGGGGAUGAAAAAAACUUCCUUUCGAAGAGCAAAAGCAUGA